CGAGGUUGACUUCCAAGCGUUGGUGAUGGCCACAUCUUCAUCAUCGUUCCACUUAUUGUUGUCAGCGCCAUCAUGUCAUCGUCGUUGCCAUCAGCGCCAUCCAUGCCACCACCGCCAUCAACAUUGUCACUAUCAGUGUCAUUAUUGUCAUCAUCUUCAUCAUCUUCAUCAUUUAAAUCUACAAUCCCCCAUGUUCUUCACUUUCAUCAUCAUUAUCAUCCCAUAAUAGAUUACUUUAAUUUGAUUUUACCUGCAAACUUCCAACUCAGUAAUAAUGCAUUCCUUCUUCAAUAUAGUGUUUGAGUCCUCCUCCUCCUGUGCUUCGGAGGUGGUCAUUAGAGACGGGUGGCUCCUCCAAACUCUUACCAGCAGGGUCACUGCUCUUUAGGGAGAAAAUACCCUUUCAGUUCUAAUUCCAGCAUUCUGACCUUUCUGCAAGGUUAAUUAUUUAUUUUAUACGGUAUGUCUGCGCAAACGUGAAAAAAAACUUUGUAGCAAGUAAGCUCAACUCAAUUAGGUGAGACGGAGAUGAAAAACUCUCCUUAGGGAAAUUAGAAAGACUUUGUUCCUAACAGCGGGAGUUCGCCUGUUAUUGAGAAGUCUGUGGACAGAAUAUUUACACGACUGGGUAUGAGACAAGUCAUGUCUGUCAGGUAAGACAGCUUUAGGUAUUGUGUCCAUUUAUUGAUGUAAAGCAUGUUGCUUUACGCAUACCCACAAGCUCCCUUUCACCCUUUACACUGUGGCAUGAGAGGAGUAGAGAGGGAGGGAACCAGAGGGAAGACGAGCAUGGGAGGAGGAAGAGGGGUGAAGAACCAUUUGGUUGCACAGGUGGAAUGUUGAUGUUCUUGACAGGCAAGGCAACGGAAUCAAUAUGCAUACUGCAUGUCCUCGCUAAUGCAGUUUAGAAGGACGCCUGGCACUCUUCUCUCGGCUACGUUGCUUCCCAGACGCUCGUUAAAGGACUUUCUGGGGCUCCCUCCAAUUAGAAAUAAAAAUGUGAAUGUACGGGAGAACAUAUGGCGUGGAUGAGAACACUGUAAGAAGGAACAUUUUAAUGAGGAAGACUCAGUCCCGCUUUUCUCUGAUUCCAUCUCACAGGUUGAUCCACUAACGCUAACUGUUAGAAACUCCAUUAUGUUUGGACUAAUUAAUGUUUGUGCAAGUACACUUAUACUGUGUGUGUGUGUACAUGUGUGUGUCAGGUGGGUGUGUUGUGUGUGUGUGUGCACAGGUGUGCGUACUGAGAACAUCUUAUUUAAAACAAUUGUUCUGUUCAUUUGAAUCUGUCUUUAAUACUAAUCUUGUCCUGUGGUUUAUGUUUAUUAUACUGACCAAUAUUGUCUUAAAUGACAUGCAUGCACUAUCUGGAGUGUCUAGGUAAUGUUCAUUAGAUCUCUUCACAUCCAAUGGGAAAUCUUUUACAGGGUGAGGGUUAGUGUUCACAAUGAAGAAAAACAGACAACAAAAAUAAUGUUUUACUCUCUCUUAAUAAUCAAUUUCCUCUUUGGACAUCAUUGUGUGUGUGUGUGUGUGUGCGCACAUGCGUGUGUGUGUGUGUGCGUGUGUGACUGCCGGCUGGAUUGCUGUCCUACAUCCACAGACCUAUUUGGGUUACAUGGAGCAUUUAAUAACGUCACAGAAACACAUCGUAGAGAGGGAGGUGAAAGAGACAGAGAGAGAGGGGGGGGGGGGGGGUACUUGGCAGUGUUGUUGGGGAACUGCAGGAACUAAGCCUUCUAAUGCGCCAUCUGGAUAGCCUGGUCUUGGUGUCACCCUCUGCACCAAGAUUACCCUCCAUCCCCUCCACUCUGGUCCCGGCUCUCCCUCCACACACACGCCAACACACACACUCUGACAGUUAUUCCUGUGGCUAGGGGCACAUACACGAACAACCACAUGCAUGUACAAACUAACAGCUAAAACAAACAUAAAUAUGCAAAAGCAUUUAAGCACACGACCCCAGGGACUUUUUUAUCUCAGCCCCCCCCACCCUCCCCCCACCCCUUACACACACACACACACCAUGCCACGAGCCAUUCUUUUGCUGUCACUGUCUGGUCUGCAUGUUAUGUUUGCCUGGUUACUUUUCUGGCAGCCGGCACUGCAGUUACAUCCAUGCCACAUGGAGCGAGGGAAGGGAAGGAUAGGGGGAGAAAGAGAGAGACCAAAAGAGAUAGUGGGAGGGAAAAGUAGAGAGAUAUUUGCAGCCCUGGGGUUAGAAGUUAGCAGUGCAGGUGGCCAGCUCCAUCCAGACAAGUAUACAUCUUAUAGUAAACUUCACAUGGGAUAAUGUUGCUGCACUAUCUGACUGACUGACAGACUGGCUGAGAAAGAUUAGGACCAGACGGUCAGCUCUUUAAUGACUGCUCUGUGAUGGAUUUAGCCAAGAGUUUAUUUAUACUGUGGUCCAGGGCAGACCAAAAUACAGGCAGAAAUAGAGACAGGCAGACAGGCAAGUCGUUUCUGCAUUGCAGGGCAAUAAUAAUACGAAAAAUAAUCAUUCUUAACACUUUCAAAUGGACUUUUGCCUCCUCCACAGAGCUCCCCACCAGUCCAGGUGGCCAUUUCACCUUCCGGCCGCUCCCGCCACCGCCCCCUCCCCCCCACUCGUGCACCUGUGCCCGUCCGACACCCUACGCCCAGGUCACCCUGCAGAGGAAGACCAUGCCCACACGCUGCCAGCCUGGUCAGGGGGCUGGGGAGACCGGCGCGGGCGCAGACCCAACACAGCUCCACAACAGCUGGGCUCUCAACAGCAACAUCCCCUUGGAGACCAGGCACUUCCUGUUCAAGCAAGGCUCCGGUUCGUCAGCCCUGCUGUCAGGGGCGGGGCAGGGCUACCCCUUGACCUCGGGUACCGUAUACUCCCCGCCCCCCCGGCCCCUCCCUCGCGGGACAGUGACCCGGCCCCUGUUCACCUUUAACAAGCCUCACCGCUGCUGCAGCUGGAAGUGCACGGCCCUCUCAGCCUCGCUUCUGACGCUGGCUCUUGGCCUGCUGCUGACCUACGUCAUUGCGGUGCACCUGUUUGGUCUGACCUGGCGUCUCCGCCAGGGGGGGCAGGGCCAGCUGUAUGAGAACGGCCUGAGCAGCGUGGAGCAGCAGGACAACGUUGGGCACGGCGGGCACAGCGGGCACGGUGCCAGCCCCACCAGCCCCAUCUUCUCCUCUGACACACACGGCCCUGAACACACGCACAUCGGCGACAAGGAUAAGUGGGUGCGUGGCCGUUCCAUAGACAGAGGGGAGGUGGACAUUGGGACCCAGCAGACUCAAGCCAUCCCUCCUGGUCUGUUCUGGAGGUUCCACCUGACAGUGCACCACCCCACCUAUAUCAAGUUCAACCUCUCUCUGUCCCACAAUGCACUGCUGGGGGUCUACGGGCGCCGAAACGUACCGCCCACUCACACGCAGUUUGACUUUGUCAAGCUGCUGGAUGGGAAGCAGCUGCCACGAAGCCUGGCUGAUCCAGGGUCUGCACCUAGGGGCCUCUUGCUCAGCGCUCUGCAGGAGACGGGCUUCAUCGAGUACAUGGACCCCGGCACCUGGCACCUUGCUGUCUACAACGACGGCCGCAGCUUGGAGCCUGUGCUGCUGCACAGCACCCCUAUAGAUACUAUGGACGGGUGCUCCACCAGCUGUAAUGGGAAUGGGGAGUGUGUGGCAGGACACUGUCACUGUUUCGCCGGCUUCCUGGGACCCGACUGUGCCAAAGACUCGUGCCCGGUGCUGUGCAGUGGUAACGGCGUGUACGAGAAGGGUCGCUGCGCCUGUCUGGAAGGCUGGAAGGGGGCGGAGUGUAACGUGGAAGAGGGGCAGUGCAUCGACCCCACCUGCUCCAAUCACGGCUCCUGCAUCCAGGGAAUUUGCAUAUGUAACCAAGCCUACAAGGGAGUGAACUGUGAACAAGUGGACUGUGUGGACCCCCAGUGUGCGGGGAACGGGGUGUGUGUGCGUGGAGAGUGUGUGUGCUCUGCAGGCUGGGUGGGUGUGAGCUGUGAUGACCCGUUGCCUGCGUGCCAGGACCAGUGUUCUGGUCAUGGAACCUACCUGCUGGACACAGACACCUGCGCAUGCCAACCCAACUGGACCGGCCCAGACUGCUACAUAGAGCUGUGCCCGGUGCCGUGUAGCAGUCAUGGCGUGUGUAGCGCGGCCCAGUGCCAGUGUGAGGAGGGCUGGCUUGGUGCGGCUUGUGACCAGAGGGCGUGCCACGCCCGCUGUGAGGAGCACGGAGACUGCCACGACGGGACCUGUGUGUGCCAGCCUGGAUGGGAGGGAGAGCACUGCACGUUGGUCACUCAUGACUUGGAUGUGGUUGUGAAAGAUGGCUGCCCGGGGCUGUGUAGCGGGCAUGGCCGGUGUACCCUGGAGCAGAGUGGUUGGCGCUGCAUCUGCCAAUCAGGGUGGAGUGGACCCGGAUGCAGUGUCGUCAUGGAGACUGAGUGCAGCGACGGAACGGACAAUGACGGAGAUGGGCUGGUGGACUGUGUCGACCCAGACUGCUGUGUGCAGGUGAGCUGUGCGUCUGACCCGCUGUGCCAGGGCUCGCCAGACCCCCUGGCGCUCCUCCAGAGGACCGGCCCGGCCCCGCCGCCCCCGCCCGCCCUCCCCCCCUCGCACACGCACGCUUUCUUCCAGCGUGUGGGCUUCCUCCUGGGCAGGACCGCAACACACACUCUCCCGGGGGAGCUGCCCUUUGACCGCAGUCGGGUAGCUGUGAUCAGGGGUAAUGUUGUGCUGGAGGACGGGUCACCUCUGGUUGGAGUGAACAUCACCUUUUUACAACAUCCGGAAUAUGGAUACACCGUCACUAGACAGGAUGGCAGCUUUGACCUGGUGACCUUGGGGGCAGUGUCUGUGAACCUGCUGUUCCAGCGCGCGCCCUUCCUCUCUCAGACACACCCCAUAUGGACACCUAGCAACGACUUCCUGGUCCUGGACCAGGUGACCAUGGCGAGGGAAGAGUCUCCGCCCACUAAGUGUGACAUCAGGAGUGUUCUGAGCCCAUACCCCUUGGUCCUGUCCUCCCCCCUCCCCAGACACACUGGAGCAUGUGCAGAGAGGGGUCCGGUCAUACCUGAGCUACAGGUGGUGCAGGAAGAGGUGGCUAUCCCAGGGUCCUUUGUGAAGCUGAACUACCUUAGCACACGCGCCGCGGGCUACCUCUCCCUGCUGCGCAUCCUCCUCACCCCUCCCCCAGCCUCCUCCCCUGUCUCCCCGCUGGCAGGCCUGUCAAGGGUGCACGUUCGGGCCUGGGUCCAGGGACGGCUCUUCCAGCGCUGGUACCCGGCUGGACCUGGCCUGGUACACAGACUGGUCUGGAACAAGACUGAUGUGUACGGACAGGAGGUCUGGGGGCUGACGCAAGCCACCGUGUCAGUGGGAUAUGAGUAUGAGGCCUGUCCAGGUGCCAUCCAAUGGGAGCGGAGGACGGCCAUGAUGCAAGGCUUUGAGAUGGUACCAUCUGACCUGGGCGGCUGGUCUUUGGACAAACACCACUCUCUCAAUAUACACAGCGGAAUCCUCCAUAAAGGGAACGGGGAGAACGUGUUUCUCUCCCAACAACCCCCCGUCAUCUCCACGGUGAUGGGGAAUGGUUUGUUCCGGAGCGUCCCCUGUGGUCCAAGCUGCAGUGGUCAGGCCCGGGACAUGAUGCUGUAUGGGCCUGUGGCACUGGCCUGUGGCCCAGACGGCUCUCUCUACGUGGGGGACUUCAACCUGAUCCGCAGGGUGCACCCUGAUGGAUACACCACCACCGUGCUGGAGCUCAAGAACCGGGAUAGCAGACACAGCACCAGCCCAGCCCAUAAGUACUACCUGGCGAUGGAUCCAGUGGGGGAGGUGCUGUACGUGUCCGACACCAGCAGCCGGAGGGUGUACCGGGUCAGGAACCUGGGCCCUACCAAGGACCCAGCCCGGAACCUGGAGGUAGUGGCAGGCACUGGGGAGCAGUGUCUGCCCUUCGACCAGAGCCACUGUGGAGAGGGGGGCAAGGCCACGGAGGCCGCCCUCAACAACCCGCGGGGUAUUGCCGUUGAUAAAAGGGGUCUGGUCUACUUUGUGGAUGGAACCACCAUUAAAAAGAUCAACAAGAGGGGCGUGCUCUCGACGGUGAUUGGCUCCAACGGCCUGAUGUCAACGCAACCCCUGAGCUGUGAUUCGCGCAUGGACAUCACCCAGGUGCGUCUGGAGUGGCCAACCGAUCUGGCUAUCAACCCUCUGGAUAACUCUCUCUACAUCUUAGACAACAACAUUGUGCUCCAGCUGGCAGAGAGCCUGCAGGUGCGCAUGGUGGCGGGCAGACCCAUCCACUGCCCGGUGCCUGGGCCGGAGCAGCGCCUGCUGGGCCGGGCCGCCAUGCGCACCACCCUGGAGGGGGCCAAGGCCAUCGCCCUGUCACACCACGGGACGCUGUUCAUCGCCGAGACGGACGAGAGGAGGAUCAACCGCAUCCAACAGGUGUCUUCCAACGGAGAGAUCUCAGUCAUCUCCGGAGCCCCCACCGACUGCGACUGCAAGAUAGACUCCAACUGUGACUGUUUCUCUGGCGAUGGGGGGUAUGCCCGCGACGCUCGUCUCAAAGCGCCCUCCUCCCUGGCCGUGGCGCCCAAUGGGACGCUGUACAUCGCUGACCUGGGGAACAUCCGAGUCAGGGCGGUCAGCCCCAACCAGCCCCAGCCCAGUCCAGCUGGACUGCUGGAGAUCAGCUCCCCUCUGGACCAGGAACUCUACCUCUUCAGCCAGAAUGGAUCACAUCUGUCCACCAAACACCUGAUAACAGGUCAUUUCCUGUAUAACUUCUCCUACUCGGCGGACAGCUUCCUGUCAGGGGUGUUGGGCCGGGAUGGGCGGGGCCUGCAGGUGAGGAGGGAUGCCCGCGGCGUGCCCCUCUGGCUGGCCCUGCCUGGCGGACAGGUGUACUGGCUGUCUCUCAGCAACAGCGGAAUGCUAAGGAAGGUGUCUGCCCAAAGCCACGACAUUGCCCACCUCACUUACCACGGUAACACGGGUCUCCUAGCAACCAAGAGUAACGAGAAUAGCUGGACCACCGUCUACGAGUACAACAGCGAAGGACAUAUCAUCAACAUCACCUUGCCCACAGGCGAGGUCAGUGGUUUCCACGGCAACACGGAGCGGCCGUCCCGAGUGGAGGUGGAGGCGUCGAGCAGGGAGAACUUUGUCACCACCACCAACCUGUCUGCCAGCGACACCAUCUACACCUUCAGACAGGACCAUGCUCAGAGUUCAUACCGGGUCAGUGCAGACGGCUCCUUCCUGGUCCUGCUGGCCAGCGGCAUGGAGCUGUCCCUCACCACCGAGCCCCUCCUCCCCGCCACCUCAGGGGGCGGGGUCAGCCCCACCGCCAGCCGCUGCAACAUCAGCCUUCCAGGAGACCACACCCCCAGCCUGGUGGAGUGGAGGCAGAGGAAGGAGCAGGCCAGGAGCAACUACAGCACCUACGAGCGCAGACUCAGGGCUCACAACAGGAAUCUGCUCUCCAUUGACUUUGACCCGAGCACCAUGAUGGGGAAGAUCUACGAUGACCACCGCAAGUUCACACUGCGGAUCCAGUACGACGCGUUGGGCCGGCCCCUGGUCUGGUCCCCCAGCAGCAAGUACACCCAGGUCAACGUCAGCUACGCCCCGGGGGGGCUCCUGGGGGCCAUCCACAGGGGGGAGUGGGCUGAGAGGCUGGAGUACGAUGGGGGGAGGGUGGUGUCCAGGGCCUGGGUCAACGGGAAGAUCUGGACUUAUACCUACGUGGACAAGUCCAUCAUGCUGCUUCUGCACAGCCAGAGGCGCUACGUGUUCGACUAUGACCAGACGGACCGCCUGGUUGCUGUGACGAUGCCCAGCAUGGUGCGCCACACUCUCCAAUCCCUCCUCUCCAUUGGCUACUACCGGAACAUCUACACGCCCCCCGACAGUCACGCCUCCUUCCUGCAGGACUUCAGUCUGGAUGGACGACUGCUGAGGACUCAGUACUUGGGCACUGGGCGCAGCGCCAUCUAUAGGUACACGGUGGCUGGCCGUCUGUUUGAGGUGGUUUAUGACUCCACGCUGGUCACCUUCACCUACGACGAGGCCUCCGGCACGGUCAAGACCAUCCACCUGACCCACGACGGCUUCAUGAGCUCCAUACGCUACCGGCAGACAGGCCCCCUGACCAGUCGUCAGAUCUUCAGGUUCAGCGAGGAGGGUCUGGUCAACGCCAGGUUUGACUACAGCUACAACAACUUCCGGGUGACGAGCAUGCAGGCGGUCAUCAACGAGACGCCACUGCCCAUCGACCUGUAUCGCUACGUGGACGUGUCAGGCCGGGUGGAGCAGUUUGGCAAAUUCAGCGUCAUCAACUACGACCUCAACCAGGUGAUCACUACUCACGUGAUGAAACACACCAAGGUGUUCAGCUCCUACGGCCAGGUGGUCGAGGUCCAGUAUGAGAUCCUCAAGUCCAUCGCCUACUGGAUGACUGUCCAGUACGACGCGGCCGGACGCACCACGUCCUGUGACAUCAGGGUGGGCGUGGACAGCAACGUGACGCGCUACUCUUACGAGUACGAUGCCGACAGCCAGCUGCAGAGUGCCUCGGUCAACGAGCGUCCACAGUGGCGCUAUAGUUACGACCUGAACGGCAAUAUCAACCUGCUCAGCCACGGCACCAGUGCCCGGUUGACUCCGCUGCGCUACGACCAGCGUGACCGGAUCUCCCGCCUGGGGGAGCUGCAGUACUCCCUGGACGAGGACGGCUUCCUGCGCCAGCGAGGCAACGACCUCUUCACCUACAACUCCAACGGCCUGCUGACCCACGUCUACAACCGCGUGUCGGAGCGCGGCGUGUGGUACCGCUACGACGGGCUGGGCCGCCGCGUGGCCUCCAGAAGCAGCCAGGGCCAGCAGCUGCAGCUGUUCUACGCCGACCUGUCCCACCCCACACGGGUCACGCACCUGUACAACCACUCCAACUCGCUCAUCACCUCGCUGUACUACGACCUCCAGGGCCACCUCAUCGCCAUGGAGCUGAGCAGCGGGGAGGAGUUCUACGUGGCGUGCGACGGCAUGGCCACGCCCAGGGCGGUGUUCUCCAGCAGGGGGCGCCUGGUGAAGGAGAUCCUGUACACGCCCUACGGAGAGAUCUACCAGGACACCAACCCCGACUUCCAGCUGGUCGUCGGGUUCCACGGCGGGUUGUACGAUCCCCUCACCCGAUUGGUCCAUCUGGGGAGGCGGGACUACGAUACGCUGGCAGGGAGAUGGACGUCGCCCAAUCAUGAGCUGUGGGAGGAGCUUAGUAAGGAGCCAAAGCCGUUCAACCUGUAUGCCUUCAAGAACAACUGUCCUGUGGGGAAGGUGGAGAGGGUCACCCAGUUCACUACAGAUAUCGGCAGCUGGCUGCAGCUGUUUGGCUUCCAGCUCCAUAACGUGGUGCCUGGCUUCCCCAAGCCAGAGGUGGGAAGCCUGGAGCAGGCUUACGAGCUGAUGAAGACCCAAACCAGGACCCAGGACUGGGACUCCAGCAAGGUGGUGCUAGGUAUCCAGUGUGAGCUCCAGAGACAGCUGAGGAGCUUCAUCUCGCUGGACCGCCUCCCCCUGAUCCCCGACCCCGUAGGCUCCGCCUGCCGAAGACCCCUCACCCCUCCCCCCUUCUCCACCCGCCCUUCCCUCCUCGGUCCCAGCAUCCGAUUGGCUGUCUCUCGGGGCCGUGUCAGCGCCGAGGUCAUCGGCGUGGCCGGCGAGGAUUGCCGGCGCCUGGCGGCCAUCUUGAAUGGGGCGGCCUACCUGAGCGGCCUGAGCUUCACCGUGAGCGGCCGGGACACGCAUCACUUCCUGCAGUCCCGGCCCAUCGAGGAGGACCUCGGGCUGGGUCUGGGGGUGGGCGGGCGCGUCCUGGAGAACGGCGUGAACGUCAGCGUGUCCCAGAUGAGCGCCACGGUCAACGGCAGGACUCGGCGCUUCGCCGACAUCACCCUCCAACAGGGGGCGCUGUGCCUGUGCGUACGCUACGGAGGCAGCGAGGAGGAGGAGAGGAGCCGGGUGCGAGAGGAGGCUCGGAAGAGGGCGGUGGAGAGGGCCUGGGAGCGGGAGAAGAGGAGGGUGGAGGAGGGCGAGGGCGGCAGCCGUGCGUGGAGCGAGGGGGAGAGGCAGCAGCUGCUGGCGGCGGGGCGGGUGCAGGGCUACGACGGCUUCUACUCCCUGACCAUCGAGCAGCACCCAGAGCUGUCAGACUGCGCCUCCAACAUCCACUUCAUGAAACUGAGCGAGGUGGGGCGCAGGUAACAGACACAGACGCCACCCCGUCCACCGCACGCCCCCCCCCCCUUCUCCACCCCCAUCCAGGAGCUUGCCCCCUCCCCUCACCAAAGACUGCCUGUUUCUACACAAACAAAACGAUUUGUUGUACUGUUUCUAUAUCAAAACAAAUUCAAAAGUUAAAUGGGAAGAUGGGGUAGAAAAGAUUUCCAAAUGCCUUUAAUUGUGACAAAAUGAUGGUAUUUUAUUAUUAUUAUCAUUAUUAUUAUUAAUAUGAAUGUACAGUAGAUGUACAGUAGAGUUUCUAAUGGUGGCACAAGCAUUGUGGUCUCCCUGUGGCUUUGCUUUUCUAUCCAGAGGCUGUCUCUCUGUCUCUUUCUCCCCCUCUUUCUCUAUCUCUUAGUUUCAUCAUAGGAACUGUGGAAGUCAAGCCCCCAGUCAAGCCUUGUGGUGGGUGUUGUGUGACCCUCAGAAUGGACUCACAUUAGAUAGCAAACGAUUUCUCCCCCCUUUCUUUGAGUUUCCUACAUGGUUUACCUCCAAAUGAUGCUGUUUACAUAUCGUGCAAGAGAGGCCUUGUCUGUGCUGACACACUCACACACACCUUUAGCCAGUUCAUCCCCAACCUUCUUGUUGGAAUACUAGCCCUGUAUACUACACUAGUCUGACACACUGUGUGUAUACUCAACAGACUGAGGUCAAAUACUAUUUGAGAUGACUGUAAAAUACUAGGGCUGUGCAAUGGAUUCAGUUGGCUAUUAACAAAGACCAGAUGGAAAUGUACCAGCAUGACGAGCUGGGAAACGCACCUCUAAUGCUUUCCGUUUUUUGCAAAUAGUAUUUGAUUUGGUUGGUAAUUCUCAGAACAAGAAUGUACAUAACCCAUGCUUUCAUAAUGAGAAGUGCUCAACUGGAAAGCCCCACUGUUUAUAAUUAAAUGUCAGUAUUGUUAAUCAAUAGAAAAACAAUCACUUUUUUUGCAAAGAAUUAUACUGUACAUUGCUAUAGUAUUCUCGCUGAAAAUCAGACUUUAUUGGGUUACAAUGGUAAUUAAAGGUAUUAUGUGACAUAAGGAUUAGUAUGUGGGACUGGGACUCAUUUGUUUUCAUAAAUGUCUCUCUCUCGCGCUCUCUGUGUUUCAAUUCUUCUCAUUCCAGUCUUCACUAACAACCCCUCUCUUACCCUAACCCUCCCUUGCAAAUGUACUUUCCCAACAUUUGGAGCUCUUUAACCGGUGUCUGCUCAUUCAUUUCUCGCUUAAACAAGCUCAAUCCGUUUGAUGAGUAGGUUGACAGCUGAGCCUGUGUGUGUGUGUGUGUGUGUGUGUGUAUGUGUGUGUGUGUGUGUGUGUGUGUGUGUGUGUGUGUGCGUGCGUGUGUGUGUUUGUGUGUGUGUGUAUGUGUGGGUUGACAGAGCAGAGGGGGAAGGACCUAGAGUUGGCAGCAUUGUCCUCAUUAGCGAAUGCAAAUCCAUGUGUUCACAGAACAUUUCCAAGUCAAUCAAGAAAUUGCCACCAUGGUACAGCUAUAUCUGUUUUAUCCACUGUUUAUCUCUCGCCUGCAGUCUUUCUCUCGGUCUCUCUCUCCGUCUCGCUCACCUUUCCUCUCUCCCUUCCAUCUUCUGCUAUACCAUCUGUCCAUCAUUGGUGGCAUGUGUUUGUCUCCAGAGUUGAAUAGCGUACAGCAGCUGCUUAAAUGAUGCUAAGAACAGGUGAGCUCCACUCUGACGGCGCCAGGAGGCGCCUCUCGCUGCCUCUCACUGCCUCUCGCUGCCUCUCGCUGCCUCUCUUCCUUCCUGCCUUCGAAAACCAUAUGCUGCGCUUGAUUCUGUCCAUAGCCCUUCACCACAGCAAGCAGAUUGAGGGUGUGGUUGCUAGGCGACAGCUGCUCUUCCUCAGGAAGAACUGUGGGUGUGUGGAUGUGGGGCGUGAAUCUCCCUCUUUCUCUCUUACUAUCUUUCUCCCUCAAUACCUUUCUCCCUUUUCUUUCUCUCUUUCACUCUUUCAAUCCAUCCCUCCCUCUCUGUGUAUCUGGAAGAAGGGCUGCAGGAUGGUGAUAGUGUGUGGAGAAUGCCUUGUCCAUCUUCCCUAAGGUUUCUCUCCUCUCUGGCAGCCAGCAUUCUCUCUCUGGAAUCCAGUCAAAUAUGUCAAAAUGAAUUCCCAUUUCUAUAAUGUAUCAGCGUGAUUGGGGUUCAUGUAUAUGUAUAUGUUUGUGUGUGUGUGUAUGUGUGUAUGUGAAGUU